AUGAGAUCCAAUGUUUUGUUUACUCUUGUGUGGAAUUUAUCUGUGACAGCGGAAAUCGUGAACAACGUAACCAGCUGUGGCACAACGAUUCACAAUAUCCAGAAGCCACUGAUCGUCCAGGGAACCAUAUCUGGAGAACCAGGCCGAUGGCCAUGGCAUGCAUCCAUAUGGCACCGACAGUCUCGCAAAAUCCAUGCCUACGUUUGCGGGGGUACGCUACUCAGUGAUCUGUUUGUACUAACCGCAGGCCACUGUGUGUCGAAAGAUGGCAAUGCCCUGAAUGAGCGCCUUUUCACCGUACAGUUGGGUUCGGUUCGACAGAAUUUACUGCUGAAUGAAUUCCCAGUACAGAAUAAAGCCGUUGCAGAAGUGUUCUUACACGAAGAAUUUUCAUCUCGAGACUUUCGCGCAGAUAUUGGUCUGCUGGCGCUGAAGACAAGAGUUGAUUUGAAUGAAUACGUGCAACCUAUCUGUUUGCCCACACAGAGCGUACAGAAUGUUCGUAGUAGUAUCAUUGGUCGUGAUGCGGUGACGGUGGGGUUUGGAAUGACAGAAAAGGGAGAAAAUUCGGAUGAACUGAGGCAACUAACCGUAACGAUUGUGGACUACGUAACGUGUUUGCAAAGCAAUCGAGACGUUUUCGGAAAAUCGUUAUCUGAAGGAGUUAUAUGUGUUGGCAAUGAUCAGGAAGGGACGGUUUGCAACGGAGAUAGUGGAGGUGGCCUGUUUACGGAAGAAACAGACGGGCGAUGGACCAUUCGUGGUGUAACCAGUUUCACCGCUCAGCGUGGAUGGGGUGACAACAGUUGUAGCUUGAAGGACUAUUCUGCGUUUGCUAAUGUGUCGUUUUUUGAAUCGUGGAUUCAUAAUGUCAUGGAAUAUGGACAUCAGGAAGGUUUUUUCGUUCGGAACAUGACGGAUGGUAGAACGAAAAAAAUACGAUUGGUUGAAGAGUCUACCAAAGUUGCUCAACAAAUUAAAAUCAGUGAAAGAAAAUGUAGAGAGUUUCAGAGAAAGGGUCUUGUUGUGUCGGGCUUCCAUGGACCUGGUCAUGUUUAUCUGCAAAUCAAUGACAAACCCUUAGGCUUAGCAUAUUACUUAAACGAUCGUUUUGCAGUAACGACUGCGGGGCUGGCGAAAAAUUGUAUAAAUGCAAUAUGCGAAACAAUUCUGGGCAAAAAAGUUCAACAAGUGAUCGUGCACCCCCAUUUUGAAGGCUCCAGGGACUUCAACAUAGCAUUAAUUUUGAUGCCACUGGCUACCGAACCAUUGUGGUGCCUUUCACCAGAAAGUUCACCCAAAAUGUAUUUCGAAGGCAAGCAACUCCAGUGGAAUUCAAUCACGGAGGAUGCUCCCUCUUGGGUGGAGUUCGAGCUGAAUUCGUUUCUACCCACGAAGACUACCCACGAAGAAUGGAUCGAAUCAGUUGUUUGGAAGGAUGAGUAAGUCCAGUACCCCAACAGGGAACAGAAUCACUCUUGUUAGUGCUACCAUAAUUGUCAUGACUAAAUAGAGUUACGUAUAGUUUAAUAUACCAUGUGUUCUACAACCAAAAUUACUAUGUGUAUAGUAUAGUUCAGAAACGAAACCGCAUAUCUUCAGGAAAAUGGAUCUCAAUUCCUGCCCCCGGCUCAGUUCCGGAUCAGUCCAAUUUGCUGGCUGAGGAAUACUUUGCGAUACCACUGCCUUCAAAAUCAGCGGAAUCGGAAGCUCCGAAGUAUCUAACUCGAGAUG